UUUAAAUCUGAGAAAUUGCGAAAUUUAUUAGAUAUUCCAGCGAAUACAUGCUGCUAGCUAGCUACAGCUAUAUAUACUGCAGAACGUGAGGGCGCUCGACAACAUUAAGUGAAGCGGCGAGAUGAAUUACGUCGGGAGUAGAGUAGAUGUGCAAGAGACGGGUUUUCCUACUCAGCUCAAUGUCAGCGUGUGAUAUCAUAGUGACUGCAAAUGUCACCUUGAGUCUUGAGAGGGGGUUCAUCCCAACGGAAGGCACGUUUCACGGCCGUGGGUUAGAAUUGAGUCAAUGCAUAAUACUUUUUGGUUCCGUCGUGCUCAAAUUAGCUCCUGUAGUACCCCAUUAUAGCUCUGGCCACUGGUCAGUUCUCCGGAGAAGCCAAUGGACAAUAUUACCUUUGACCCGGCAGGCAGACGUGUCGAAAAGGAAAGUACACAACAUUCCGCCUUGUCAUUGAGAGACGGAGAAUUAUCGACCUGCUUGAUCUUGAGUUCAUUGGAGUGUUAUUCAACUUGAGAUAGGCUACACCGUGACAUGCUAGCUAAGUGGUGGAUGCUUGAUUUAGAGUUAGGAGUGUGUGGUCGCUGCUCGACAUCGUCAAGAUCGUUGUUGAAGGGUUCAGGGCAAGAUGAAU